CCCGGUGGAAUCCGUGACGUAUAUAUUAGUCGACCGUAUAGCGCUGAACUGACCCGUCCAAACUCAGCUGUCAGUUUCCAAUAAAACACGUUUUUUCGUCAUGCUAAAUAGUUUCGACGAGACGUAACGUUACUAAACUUUUUGUUUCCUGAAAUGAAUCUCCUACUUUAUGUGAAAACUACUUUAUUUUGUAGUUUAUUUAGUUCGUUGUAGCGCAAGGAGACAGCAGCCAGUAGUUCGUUCAGACAUGAGUCUUCCAGCUCUGCACAACACCGGUGUGCUGUACCGCAGAAUCCUGGCCCAGUUCCCGCAGGACAUCAGCGUCGCUUUCGCAUACGGAUCCGGUGUUUUCAAACAGCAUGGAACCAGCCAAGGUCAAAUGGAGAAAAACAUGCUGGACUUUGUGUUUGCUGUGGACGACCCUGUGACCUGGCACACCAUGAACCUUCUGCAGAAUCGUAAGCAUUAUUCCAUCCUCAAGCUGUUGGGUCCAGCCAUGAUCAGCUCCAUACAGAGUGAUUACGGGGCUUCGGUUUAUUACAACACUUUAGUGCCUGUGGAUGGAAGGAUGAUCAAAUACGGCGUGAUUAGUACAGAGUCACUGAUUGAUGACCUGCUGCACUGGAAGACCUUAUACGUCGCUGGACGCCUUCACAAGCCGGUGAAGAUGUUGGUGCAGAAUGAGAACGGAAAGCUGCGGGCCGCUCUGGUGUCCAACCUGAAGAGCGCGGUGACGGCCUCCAUCCUCAUGCUGCCGGAGAGCUGCUCCGAGGAUGACCUCUUCCUGCAGAUCGCCGGGCUCUCAUAUGCCGGUGACUUUAGGAUGGUGAUCGGAGAGGACAAGUCUAAAGUGGCCAACAUCGUCAAAGACAACCUGCAGCACUUCAAGACUCUGUACAGUAACAUCCUACGGGAUUGUCCACAACUCGUCUACAAACCUCAGCAAGGAAAACUGGAGGUAGACAAAAGCCCUGAGGGCCAGUUCGUCCAGCUGAUGGCUUUACCUCGAACUCUUCAGCAGAGAAUCACCAAGCUGGUGGAUCCUCCGGGGAAAAACCGUGACGUGGAGGAGAUCCUGUUGCAGGUGGCGCAGGACCCCGAGUGUGGAACAGUUGUGCAACAAGGAAUCUCAUCCAUUGUUAAAUCCUCUAGUAUAACACAGAGCAUCAAAGGCAUUGCAACAGCCGGCUUGUGGAAGACGACAUCGUACAGCUCCAAAAAGCUGAUGAAGAUGUGGAGGGGCUCCAGGAGGAAGCCUUCUGUCUCACAGAUGUCCUGAACUCGUCUGUCUACAAAGUCGUUGUUACUGAGAUGAGACGUGAGGAACCACUGUGACCGAUCCCCCUCCUGGUCCCCGGCUGCACCACAACCUGUAGAUUAGGGGACACCUCUGACCUCUUUGUCAAUGAACUCAUGGUAGAUUAUCGUGUUAGACGUUGCAGUGAGUGAGCUCUGAGAAUAAAAAAAGUCUGCAUAAACACAGCCUGAAACAUUUACCUCAACUUCAAAGGAAGAAUUGUGUUGUUUAUUUGUCAGAACUACACAAAGUUACAGUUGACGGAUGGGAAAAGCGGGUUUGCUGCGGUCACCUCCACAAAGGAUCUUAUUUUCUCACCUUCGGAUUGACCCACCGCUGAGAAGAGACAGCUGUGAAUCUUUGUCUUGGUCUCACAUUUCCAUUUAAAUGUUUAAUAUCCAGCAUUUGUGUUGGAGCCUAAAAGUUUGACCCACAAUCCCCCUUUUUGUCGUACUUUACCAAAGAUCUGUUUAGAAUCACUCAUGAACUUUUUUACUCAUUUGCUGCAUUUCUGGUCCUAACUCACCUAAAAACUGUAUGUUUACUACACUUUUUAAUUAAACAACAGCUGGACUCA